AUGCGCCGUUCUGUAACUCACUUGCCCAAAGACCUGGACAGGACCAUCGACCCGGGCAAACGAGCCGGGCAAACGAGCAAGGCAAACGAGCAAACGCACAGGUUCCGCGGAGGCUUGGCCCCCGCGCUGCUGCAGCAGCUGGUGCUCACGGAGAACCAGCGGGGGGAGCAGUUGGUGCACCUCAACUCCGGGCGGCAGCUCCUGGAGGAGCUGCUACUGUUGGGCGCCAACUUCUCAGCGCGCACUGCGCUCGGGGCGCUGCCCUUGCACACGGUGGCAGGGUUGUCCGAUGCCUCCCAAACCCUGGAGCUGUUGGCCCGGUAUUCCGAGGAUGUGGCCAGCGCCCGCGAUUCCCGUGGCCGCUUUUGCGCGCACUACGCCGCCGCGGCCGGGGCCGGCGGGAAUUUGCGGUGGCUCAGGGAGCAAGGAGCCGACCUUCGGGCGCGGGACUAUGAACUUCUGCUGCCUCUGGAGCUGGCGUUUGCUGGCGGCCACUUCGAUUUAGUGCCCGUCUUCGCGGGAGACUUCCCGUUAGAGGCCGCCGCAGGCUCUGGGAACGUUUCGCUGGUUCAGCAGCUGGUCCUGGACGGCUACUCCCCACACGAGGUGGACGAGCGGGCGCGCACGGCCAUCUUCGAGGCCUUGGAGAAGGACCGCGUGGACGUGGCACAGUUUUUGGCUUCGCAGAACGCCUCGCUGACGCUGCUGGACGUCAGUGGGCUCAGCCCACUGGCCGCCGCCGUGCGCUUCCAGCGCUCCGCCUCCCUGGAGUUCCUGGUGGCGCAGAAUGUACCCGUGACGCAGCGGCUCGCCAAUGCCUCCACGGCCUUGCACUUGGCUGCGGCCGGCGGCAGGGAGAUCAUCGACCUCUUGGUGAGGGCUGGGGCGGACGUGAAUGCCGUGGACAUGUUGAACCGCAGCGCCCUUCACUUCUGCACCAACGCGGGAGCAGUGGAGGCGUUGCUGGCGGCCAACGCCUCGCACUUGCCCAGCCUUCGGGGCCUCUUGCCGCUGCACGUGGCGGCGGUUGAGGGCCGGGUGGAAGCCCUAGAAGCUUUGCUGGCUUCGCGCACCACGCAGGUGGACGCCGUGGACUUUUCGGGGAACACCCCGCUGCACCUCGCCGUGGCUGCGGGCCAAGCGCCGGCAGCUCAGGUGCUGCUGCGCUGGUGCGCCAGUGCCCUCACCUUGAACCAGGAUGGGCAGGCGCCUGUGCAGCUGGCACGCACCGUGCAGAUGCAGGACGUGCUCGAUCAGCCAGCCGAGCGCUGCCAGUGCGACUGCGGCAGCUUGAGGUUCGACCCUUUGAUGGUCACAGGCACGUGGCAAAGCUGCUCCACUACCGUGAGGAACUGCAUGAAUAGCCCGACCUGCUGCAAUCCCACUACCAAGUGCUAUGCCAAGGAUGAGGCGGUGGCAGUCUGUCUCCACAGCUGCGCUCCGGGCAUCCACUUGAACGACCCGCCGCAGUAUCAAACCCCAUGGACCUGUCGACUCAUCGGAUCCGCUCCCAGUCCUCCUGCCAGCCUUCCAGCUCCAGCUCCCAGCCUUCCAGCCCCAAGCCCCAGCCCGGCGCCUGGCAGCUGCACGCCUUCCUACCACGUGAACUGCAUGAGCAACACCAAGUGCUGCGAUGAGCGCACCAGGUGCUAUGCCAAGGAUGCCAAGGUCGCGGUCUGCCUGCACAGCUGCACCCCAGGCAUCCACCUCAACGACCCGCCCCAGUGGCAAACGCCAUGGACCUGUGAUUUGCUGGGCGGAUCACCCGCGCCCUCGCCACGGCCAACGCCGCCAAGCCCACCCCCGCCCACGUGCACGCCCUCCUACAGCGUGAACUGUAUGAGCAAUCCAGUUUGCUGCGACCCCAGCACCAAGUGCUACGUCAAGGAUCCCGCGGUGGCCUUGUGCCUACACAGCUGCACGCCAGGUAUCAAUCCCAACGACCCGCCCCAGUGGCAGACCCCUUGGAGCUGUGAUCUGGUCAGGCCAGUCACGCCGGCGCCAACCACGACAGCGCCGGCUUUGCCAGAGCCGACGACAUCCACGCCGGCAACGGAGCCAACAACGCCCAGUCCGACUAAGCCGACAGAGCCGACUACCACGACAGCUCAGCUAACGCCGCCGACAUCAACGACAGAGCCGACUACGACGGCUCAGCUAACGCCGCGGCCAAAGCCAUCAACGACAGGGACAAGUCAACCGACAACAGCGGCACCUACCCGGCCGGCGACGACAGCGCCGACAACUCAGGCGCCGACACCAAGCAUACCAAGCGACCCUUUGACGCAGCCCAGCGAUGGGAAGCUGCUCGAGUUCUACAUGUACCGCGCGCAGAGCGAUGCCGAGUACACGCUGGAGAACAUCAACGCGGGAAACUUGGAAGGUAUGAUGUGGUACCUGCAGAACGAGGUCCUGUCUGGUGUCUAUGGCCCUGGCGCGAAGUUUGGCAUCACCCGCAUCCUGCGCUUGAAGGUAACCAUGAAGGCAACGCAGCCUUUGCUGGACAAGGGCAUGAACUUCGGCAUCCGCGUGGCCUUCGACAGUGGUAAGUGCACCGGGCCGGACUGUGAGAUGGACUGGCAGGACUUUGGGUACAACGUGGGCUGCAACAAGCUCGGGGACUGGCCCUUUCCGAUCUACGACACCCACUUUCCGGGAGGCAUUUGGUAUAGCCUCCCCGGCCCAUGUCCUUCCCAGUCCUACUUGGACAAGGAUGGCGCCUGCCAGCAGGCGGAGCCGGGAGGCAAGUGCGAGUCUCCCACCGGAGCCUUCGAUUGCACUUGGAGCUAUGAGUCGGCAGGGCAGGUGCAGCUCACAGAUCUCUAUGAGAAUGCCACCGAGGAGGAGUUCUGGGCCGGGAACAGCACAGAGGUGAAUCUGCGCAAGGUGGCUGUGGCGCGAUCUCUCUUCCAAGCCAAGUACGGCGCAGACCCGCCGGUUCCGCCUUGUGACUUCAAGCGGAGCAAAGUCUACGGAUAG